AUGACCGCCGGGCCAAUUAUCAUUGCUCCUUCGAUUUUAUCGAGCGAUUUUGCAAAUUUGGCUGCCGAUUGCCAAAGAGUAAUUGACGCCGGGGCUGACGCCCUGCAUGUUGAUAUUAUGGAUGGCCAUUUUGUUCCAAAUUUAACCAUCGGACCUGCUGUAGUUAAAUGUUUGAGGGAAAAAGUUCAACACAAAAUCUUUGAUUGCCACUUGAUGGUUUCUGAUCCGAAGAUGUGGGUUAAACCCCUGGCUGCGGCCGGAGCAACGAUUUUCACAUUCCAUUUGGAGUCUGAAAUCGAAAACAUUUUCAAUCUAAUCGCUGAGAUCAAGCAAACCGGAAUGAAGGCCGGCAUUGCAAUUAAGCCGAAUACUCCUGUUUCUGAUGUGAUUCCUUAUCUCCAGUCAAUUGACAUGGUGUUAGUGAUGUCGGUAGAGCCCGGGUUUGGCGGCCAAAAAUUCAUGCCCUCCAUUAUUCCCAAAGCGAUCAGAAAUAUUACGCCCCAUCUCGAUAUUGAGGUAGACGGUGGAGUUACCUUGGAAAACGUCGGUGACAUCAUCAAGGCCGGUGCAAAUGUAAUCGUGGCUGGCUCGGCAAUAUUUAACUCUGCUGACCCACGUGCGCCUUCCUUUGAUUUUUUAUCUGAAAUGUCUUUGGUCGUCUCCGAUAAAUCCAAUUUUCAACAUAUCAUUCGUCUUUUGAAUACCAACGUUGAUGGAAAGCAAAAAGUCAUGUAUGCCAUCACCGCAAUAAAGGGUGUUGGUCGCUGCUUUUCCAACAUUGUGUGCAAAAAAGCCGACGUUGAUCUCAAUAAGAGAGCUGGUGAGCUAUCCAACGAAGAGCUUGAGCGUCUUGUAACGAUCAUCCAAAACCCUCGUCAAUAUGGGAUCCCCGAUUGGUUCCUCAACAGACAGAAAGAUAUCAAAGACGGAAGCUACUCGCAGGUCGUCUCCAACGCCCUUGAUAACAAACUUCGUGAGGAUCUGGACUACCUAAAGAAGAUCCGCUGCCACCGCGGUCUUCGCCAUCACUGGAAUCUUCGUGUCAGAGGACAGCAUACCAAGACCACUGGACGCUUUGGAAGAACAAUGGGUGUCUCCAAGAAAAAGGGAGCUUAA